GCUCGCCGAGACUGGUGGCGCGAAAUAGACGAUUCGUUGUGAGAGGUUCAUCGCUUGUGGUAUAAAUUAUUUCAGCGCAUUUAAUAGUGUUCAUCAAACUGGAUAUUUAGGCAGUUUGCAGUAAAAAAGAAAGCAUGGAUUCCAGAAAAAGGAAUCAGAACGGCAAGACCAGUGGCCCAUCACAGAAAAAGAGCAGGUCCAUGGAAGAAGAUGAGGAUCCAUCUUUAUUUGAAGCAGAACUGGCUCUAAUGGAAGAGAUUGAGGGCGAGGGAAGAGCUCAGGAUGAUGACAUCCAAGAAACUUUAGGGGCUGGGCCUGAGCAUGAGGUGACUAGUGCCAGAUGGUCACGUCCUCUUCUACCUCACAUUGACCCAAAAUGCGAUGAUAUUGAGUUCCAACAGCUAGAUGUGGAUUACUAUGUCGGUAGUCCACUGUCAGGAAUGCUGGGUGCAAUGCAGGGCCCUGUUCCAAUAGUUCGUAUGUAUGGCAUUACAAUGGAGGGCAAUAGCAUUAUGGUUCAUAUCCAUGGAUUUGCACCAUACUUCUUUGUGCCAGCCCAACCAGGAUUCAAGAAAGAACAUUGUCAACAAUUUAAGAAUGCCUUAAAUUCUGCAGUGCUUCGGGACAUGCGCUCAAACAAAGAGGAUGUCAAAGAGGCUGUCCUUGCUGUGGACUACCUUCUGAAAGAAAGUAUUUACGGCUACCAUGGCAACCGCAAAAUUCCAUUCCUUAAAAUCACCAUGGCUAUUCCACGCUUAAUUGCACCGGCAAAAAGGCUGUUGGAGCAGGGCUUCGUCUGUCCAGGCUACGCGCAACAUGGCUUUCAAACAUAUGAGAGCAACAUAGAUUUUGAAAUCCGCUUCAUGGUGGACACAAAUGUCCUAGGAUGCAACUGGAUCACCCUUCCAGCAGGAUUGUACCGUAUCCGUGAAAAAGAGGGUGAUGGCAGCAAGGGUGGAAAGCAAGACUCUUCAAGACAAGCUCCUCGCUCCCGCUGUCAGCUUGAGGUGGACAUUUCUUGGGAAGACUUUGUCUCUCAUGUACCUGAAGGAGAGUGGUCAAAGGUGGCCCCUCUACGCAUUCUGAGUUUUGAUAUUGAAUGUGCUGGAAGGAAAGGUAUUUUCCCCGAAGCAGACAAAGACCCUGUGAUUCAGAUUGCUAAUAUGGUGAUUCGUCAAGGUGAUCAUGAGCCCUUCAUUCGUAAUGUCUUCACCCUCAAUACCUGUGCCCCAGUUGUCGGUUCACAAGUCCUGUCUUUCUCUCGUGAGCAGGAUCUACUAAAUAAAUGGGCAGCAUUUGUUCGAGAGGUUGAUCCUGACAUCAUCACUGGAUACAACAUUCAAAACUUUGAUCUGCCUUAUCUCCUCAACAGAGCCACACACUUGAAGGUUUCAGAUUUUGCAUUCCUUAGUCGAAUCCGAAAUAUUCCAUCUAAAGUGAAGGAAGCCAUGUUCCAGUCUCGUCAGAUGGGCAAGCGAGAAAACAAAGUCAUCAAUAUCGAGGGUCGUGUGCAAUUUGACCUCCUGCAGGUCUUGUUGAGAGACUACAAGCUGCGAUCAUACACUUUGAAUGCUGUGUCUUUCCAUUUUCUACAAGAACAAAAAGAGGAUGUACAACACUCCAUAAUCACAGAUCUGCAGAAUGGCAAUGACCAGACUCGGCGUCGACUGGCUGUCUACUGCCUGAAAGAUGCCAUCUUACCCUUGCGGCUUCUAGAUAAACUUAUGUGUGUCAUCAACUACAUGGAAAUGGCUCGUGUGACAGGUGUGCCAAUGUCAGCCCUCCUGUCUCGAGGACAACAGAUCAAAGUCAUGUCACAGCUUCUUCGAAAGGCCAAAGAGCAAGACCUGGUGAUACCUGCUCACAAAGUGGAGACUGGUGACGAAUAUGAGGGGGCAACUGUCAUUGAACCAGUUAAAGGAUACUAUUCGGUGCCCAUUGCCACACUCGACUUUGCUUCACUGUACCCAUCAAUUAUGAUGGCCCAUAACCUGUGUUACACUUCUUUGCUGAAUCAGCAGUCUAUACAAAAAGAAGGGUUAACUCCAGACCAGUUUAUCAAAACACCAUCAGGAAACUUUUUUUGCAAGGCCUCAGUUCGUAAAGGCUUGCUUCCUGAGAUUCUGGAACACCUGCUGGCAGCUAGGAAGAAGGCUAAAGAUGACUUGAAAAAAGAGACUGAUCCAUUUAUAAAGAAAGUUCUUGAUGGACGUCAACUGGCACUGAAGGUCAGCGCAAACUCUGUUUAUGGCUUCACUGGGGCACAGGUUGGCAAGCUGCCAUGCCUUGAGAUUUCUCAGAGUGUGACUGCCUUUGGCCGUUUCAUGAUUGAACAGACAAAGCAGUAUGUUGAGGAUCAUUAUACCAUUGCCAAUGGAUACCAACAUGAUGCUAAGGUAAUUUAUGGAGAUACUGACUCCGUCAUGUGUAAAUUUGGCACAAGCACGGUGGAAGAGACCAUGAAGCUGGGCAGAGAAGCAGCUGAGCUCAUCUCAUCCAAGUUUGUCAGCCCCAUCAAGCUUGAAUUUGAGAAGGUGUAUUUCCCAUACCUUCUUAUCAACAAGAAACGAUAUGCUGGCCUGUUCUGGACAAACCCUAUCAAGCAUGACAAAAUGGAUUGUAAGGGCAUUGAGACAGUGAGGCGAGACAACUGCCCUCUCGUGGCUCAGCUCAUUAACACCUGCUUACAACUGCUGCUUAUCGACAGGAAUCCUGAUGGGGCUGUUGCACAUGCUAAACAGACAAUUUCAGAUCUCUUGUGCAACCGCAUUGACAUCUCUCAGCUAGUGAUCACAAAGGAACUUGCAAAGACCGAUGAGGAAUAUGCUGGCAAACAAGCCCAUGCUGAGUUAGCACUCAGAAUGCGCAAAAGAGAUGCUGGAAGUGCACCUCAGCUUGGUGAUCGAGUUCCGUAUGUCAUUACUGCUGCUGCCAAGGGAACUGCCGCCUAUCUCAAGUCUGAGGAUCCAAUCUAUGUGCUAGAAAACAAUGUUCCCAUCGAUACCCAGUAUUACCUGGAGAACCAACUGUCCAAACCUCUUCUACGCAUCUUUGAGCCCAUUUUAGGGGACAAGAAGGCAGAGUCGGUGCUACUUCGUGGAGAUCAUACUAGGACAAAGACAGUGAUGACAUCAAAAGUGGGCGGUCUUUCUAGCUUCACAAAGAAACGGAGCACUUGCAUAGGCUGUAAAACACCUCUGGAUAAAGAGGGGGAUGCUGUGUGCAAGCACUGUCGUCCUCAGGAAUCAAAACUCUAUCAGAAAGAAAUCAUCCAGCUGAAGGUUCUGGAAGAAAAGUUUUCUCGCCUGUGGACACAAUGCCAGCGGUGUCAAGGGAGUCUUCAUGAAGAUGUGUUAUGCACAAGUCGAGAUUGCCCCAUCUUCUACAUGCGGAAGAAGGUCCAGAAGGAUCUGUCGGAGCAAGAUAAGCUGGUCGAAAGGUUUGGGGACAGCGAUUGGUGACCGCAGCUGCCAGACAAGCGAUCUUUAUAUUGUUUGCUUGUCUUUGGUUUGUUUUGUUUUUUUUUUGUUUUUUGUUUUGUUUGGUUUUUUUGGGGUUUUUUUGUGACUUGCUUUUUUGUGAUCUUGCGCUGAAUGGCGUUAACACGUCCGAGACUGACACUGUCAGUGGCAUUCAGGGAAUUUUUUUCUAUGGACAUAAGUGGUGGAAAUACUUUGGGUAAAGCUUUGUUAUAGACACUUCUAUUUUUUGUGAACUAAAAAUGUACCUUUAUAUUAAAAUAUGUUAUUAAAUUUUACAUGCAUAUUAACAGACAAAUUUGUGUCUUG